GGACUAUGGUACAGAACAUAGGCAUUGCAGUGACUGGGGUAAAAGCAUUUUUCUAAAGAGAAUGCACCAAGUCAAUUCAAGUGGAAGCGAUUAUUGAUCCCGACUCUAUUGAGCGAAGGACUGUUGGUGGACGCUGGAAUUGCCUCUGUCUUCCUGUCAAAAAGGUGCCACAAAAGACAUGCUUGUGGACAGCAUGAAUGCACCCAGGAUGGAUGGGCAGGCUGAGCUGGAGAGAACGGAUCCUGGGCUGCAGAUUCCCAUCCUCAUCCAGAGACAAGCUCCACCUCAGAAAAGCCUUCGAGAGACAGCAAAGGCCAGUCUGAGGAAGAAGUGUUCACUGACCCCGACCACAUUGAAGGAUGCCAUCCUGGGGUUCUUCCCUGUGAUAGGCUGGCUUCCCAAGUACCGCUUCAGAGAAUACAUCGUGGGUGACAUUAUGUCUGGCCUUGUCAUUGGAGUCAUCUUGGUUCCCCAAGCCAUUGCCUAUUCCCUGCUCGCAGGGCUAAAACCUAUCUAUAGCCUCUACACAUCCUUCUUCUCCAACAUCAUCUAUUUCCUAAUGGGCACCUCCAGGCACGUGUCCGUGGGCAUCUUCAGCCUGCUCUGCCUCAUGGUGGGGCAGGUGGUAGACAGAGAACUACAGUUGGCUGGGUUUGACCUGAAUGAAGACGUUGCCGCAGCCGGAAGGAACGACAGCAAUGAGACCUUCCCAGCUUCCGAGCUACCUUUGGGGGGCCUGAGUCCAGAAUGCGGGAAGGAAUGUUAUGCAAUCAGCAUUGCUACGGCCUUGACUUUCCUAGCGGGGGUCUAUCAGGUGCUCAUGGGACUUUUUCGGCUUGGCUUUGUCUCCACGUACCUCUCCCAGCCUCUUCUGGAUGGAUUUGCAACAGGGGCUUCCUUAACCAUCCUAACCUCCCAAGUCAAGUACCUCUUUGGAAUAAAGCUCCCCCGUUACCAGGGCUAUGGCAUGUUCCUCGCCACGUGGGUGAAUAUGAUUCGAAACAUCACCCAGGCAAACGUCUGCGACGUCCUCACCAGCGCCGUCUGCCUGACAGUGCUGAUCACCGCCAAGGAGCUAACAGAGAGGUACAAGAAGAAGCUGAGGGUUCCUCUCCCGACGGAGCUGGUGGUCAUCGUCACUGCCACGCUGGUCUCCCACUUUGGGAAGCUCCACGAGCGCUACGGGUCCAGCAUCUCCGGGGACAUCCCCACGGGCUUCAUCCCCCCCCAGGCACCCAGCUUUGGGCUGAUGCACCGCGUGGCCUUAGAUGCGGUUCCCAUAGCAGUCAUCGGCUUUGCUUUCACAGUCUCACUGUCAGAGAUGUUCGCCAAAAACUACGGCUACACUAUCAGGGCCAACCAAGAGAUGUUUGCCGUGGGCUUCUGCAACAUAAUCCCCUCUUUCUUUCACUGCUACACCACCAGCGCGGCCUUGAGUAAGACCUUGGUCAAGACCUCCACUGGGUGCCACACCCAAGUGUCCAGCGUGGUCAGCGCCGCCGUGGUGCUCUUGGUGCUCCUGUUCCUGGCCCCGCUGUUCUACUCCUUGCAGAAAUGUGUCCUGGCCUGCAUCAUCAUCGUCAGCCUGAAGGGGGCCCUGUGGAAGUUCAGAGACGUGCCCAGGCAGUACCGGGUCAACAAGACGGAUGCCCUGAUAUGGUGCGUCACCAUGGCCUCCUGCGCCCUCAUCAGCAUAGAAAUCGGCCUCCUGGUCGGGGUCCUCUUCUCCGUGUUCUGUGUGGUGGGCCGCACGCAGCAUCCCCACGUGGCUUUGCUCGGCCAAAUCGAGAGCACCGUUUUCUAUGAGGACAACAGAAAAUACGAAAACCUUCUCCCCAUCCCCAAGAUCAGAAUAUUUCGCUUUGAGGCCCCCCUUUACUAUGCAAACAAGGACUUCUUCCUAAAAUCCCUCUACAAGAUGACGGGCCUCGACCCCACACUAGAAGCAGCAAAGAGGAAAAAGUGCGAAAGGGGGAAGGCGCCCAUGGACGGGGGACACGUGGGAAAGGGGGCUCUUGGCGAACUGGGCCAAGCCGACCCCUCCUGUCACUUGGUCCCAAAGCAAGGCGAGUUUCACACUAUCAUCAUUGACUGCUCCUCAGUGCUGUUCCUGGACACUGCCGGCAUCGGCACGCUUAAAAAUGUGUGGAAAGAUUACAAGGCCGUGAACGUUGCGAUCCUCCUUGCGGGCUGCAACCCGUCGGUGACAGAGUCUCUGAGGAGAGGGGGCUACUUUGGCAACGAUGACUCAAGUAUGAAGGAAUUACUCUUCUACAAUGUGCAUGGGGCAGUCCAGUUUGUGCGGUCCAGGGAGCAGGUGGUGGACUCCACCCUCUAGGGCUCAAUCUCCCAACAGCCCUUCAGAUCCUAACUCCCCAGACCCACCACCCUGAGCCAACUCCUACAGAGCCUGAGGGGCUGGGGGCAAAGGCAGCCUGGGAUCCCUGCUUCUGAAGGGAACACUGGCAGAGGUUCCA